GCUAAUUUUUUGGAGUUCAAUCAAACCUCAACAAAACGCAGCUCAGAGCAGAAUGUUGUUAAGAACAAAUAUCAAACACCUUACCGGCGACGGCGUUUUCUCGCCGGCGGUCCGCCGCCUCUGUUACCACCUCAACCACCGUGAAUCUCAGCCGCAGGAUCCGUACACCCUACUCAAACACGAUCCAAUUCAAAUCCUAUCCGAUCUGUGGGUGAGGUCAUUCUCCCAAACGCACAAACCCUUCCAAAACCUCACCGGCUUCCUCUCCAAACUCGACCUCUGGGUGCUCGCCUACCAGCGGGCGCACGCUCACGCCACUGGUUCGUUCCCUCCCAAAAAUGCUAUCCCGUCUUACACUCUCCACAAUCUUCUAUCCCUCAGGAACGCCGUUGUUCGCAACCAGUUCCGGUGGAAUUCCAAGGUCCAGCAAUUCAUCCGCGGCCCCAACGAUAAGCGCAUUCCCGAGGUUCUCUCGAAGACGAAGCUCCGCGCGAUGUUGGCAUCAACUGCGACGCCGUUUCAAGACCGGAUUGUUCAGGAAGUGCUGCUGAUGAUUCUCGAACCGGUUUUCGAGGCGCGUUUUUCUUCAAAGUCCCAUGGCUUUCGACCAGGUAGAAAUCCGCACACUGUCAUUAGAACAAUCAGGAGUAAUUUUGCUGGUUACUUGUGGUUUAUCCGAGGCGAUUUGAGUGAAAUUUUUGAUAGAAUAGAUUCAAAUGUAGUAUUGAAUUGCGUUGCAAAAUCUGUGGAGGACAAGAGAGUUUUGAGCUUGAUUAAAUCAGGGUUAAGAGAGACAGCAACAGCAAGAAAUCCCAAACAAGUUGAAGAGAAUUUAUGUAGAAGGGAGAAAAAGAAAAGACAGACGAAGAAGAAGAUACUGCGUGACAAUGAGCCUAAGCCUGACCCUUACUGGUUGAGAACAUUCUUUAGCUUUGCUCCUGAAGAAGCUGCUCGGCUGCCCGACUACAGUUACUGUGGAAUUCUGAGUCCUCUGCUCGUGAAUGUUUGUCUCACCGAACUUGAUCAUCUUAUGGAAAACAGGAUAGUGGAGUUUUUCCGGCCAUCUGAAUCCGACUCAAUUUGGAAGUAUUCAAUGAAUGAUGGUUGCCACAACCCUUCAUGGCCGGAGUUUGUGCCGUCAAGUGGCAAAGAGAAGACUAGGAAAAUGGACUAUAUUAGGUAUGCCGGCCAUUUUCUUGUCGGCAUCAGGGGACCUAGAGAAGAUGCUGUGUUGAUUAGGAAGGAAAUAAUUGAGUUCUGCGAAAGAAAUUUAGGGAUUAGGUUGGACAAUUCGAAGGUUGAGGUCGAACACAUAUCAAGAGGAGUUCAAUUUCUGGAUCACAUUAUAUCUCGUAGAGUUAUACAUCCCACUCUUCGAUAUACUUCAAGCAGUGGUAAGAUUGUUAGUGAGAAAGGUGUGGGAACUCUGCUUUCAGUUACUGCAAGCUUGCAGCAGUGUAUUCGGCAAUUCAGACAACUCACAUUAUUGAAGGGCAACAAAGAUCCCGAACCUCUGCCCUGUACGCCUAUGCUAUAUUCAGGACAAGCGCAUACCAAUGCCCAGAUGAAUAAGUUGCUGGAGACAAUGGCAGAUUGGUAUAAAUAUGCAGAUAACAGGAAGAAAAUAGUCGGUUUUUGUGCAUAUGUUAUUCGGAGUUCCCUGGCUAAAUUAUAUGCUGCAAGAUAUAGGUUGAAAUCUCGUGCUAAGGUUUAUAAAAUUGCGUCGCGCAAUCUUAGCCAACCGCUCAGGGAAAGCAGUAACAAUUCUGCCCCCGAGUACUCUGACCUUUUAAGAAUGGGACUCGUGGAUGUCAUUGAAGGUGUUCAGUUUUCUCACAUGUCCUCAAUUCCAUCUUGUGACUAUACUCCUUUUCCUAGAAACUGGGUUCCCGAUCAUGAGAAAUUGUUCCGCGAAUACAUCAGAUUACAAGAUGCCAAGUUAUUUUGUGAGCUUAGUAGGUCAAUCAAACAACAAGGUUUAUCUCUCCCCCAAGAUAAGAUAUCUGAAAUAGUGUGGGAUUACAAGAUUCUUGGAUUCUGGAGCGAUCGGUUUAAUAAGCACGCCGAAAACUCAUCCUAGUCUCAUUCUUAUUUAUUGAAUUCUGGUUGUAUAGCUGGAAUUUUCUAAAUCCCUAUCGUCUGUGGGAACAUUCAUGAUUCUAUCUCGAGCUGGACUUGCCUAAAUUUAUAACAGGAUGCAAAGGAGCAUCUUUCUGCCUUGGUUGAUAAACUUGGUCCAUCCCUGACAGAUAUCGAUCUAUGAAAAACAUCUCAAUGAAAUGUUUAAUACUACAGCUUAUAGCAGUAUCGAUUGUUUUAUUGCUGUGAUAUCAUGGAUCUGAUAGUUAUUGUAAUACUUACAUGUUUCUUUUUUGAGUUUCAGCUCUCCAUAAAAUCAACCUAUUUCUGAAUGUCUUGCAUGAUAAGUGAACUUGUUUGGAAUGACGGCGCAUUUUAUAAGUCUUCAUUACUUUGGCACUUCUGAUGCAGUUGGCCAUGGAUCUUCAACAACAGGAAUUUGAGCAGCAAAUUCAGCAUAAAUUUUAGCAACAGCCAUGACUGCUGGUUCAAAGAUAGUCACUGGUCCCAGGGAUUUUGUUGGUUGGGAAGCAAUCUCGAUUAAAAAUGAUUUUCAGCUCGGGACUCAGCAUGCUCUUGACAUGUUUCAAACAAUGGUGGGAGGAGCUCCUCGUCAUCGAAACAGCAGGUUCACACAAUAUGGUUUUGAUUUUUAUUUUUAUUUUUAUUUUUUGUCAUUUUUACAGCAAAUAACGUGUAUAUAUUAGGAGUUCAUACUGUUACGGUUCAAUUAUUUAUUUUUACUUUUUUAAUUUUUUUUAUGACAUGAAAAUCCGCACGCACAGGGUAAAUCUUCGCCGAACUUAAUACUUGCAAACUAGGCUCCAUAAGGCAAGUGUGUGUUUGUUUGGGGGAUUGGAUUAGAUUUUCACUAUUCAUUCCAUUUUUUUUCCCCCAAAAAUAUUAAAUCAUAACACCUAUUUUUUAUUUUUUAUAUUAUACUUAAAAAUCAAUUUUACAUUCAAAACAUCACAUCAACACCUAUUUAUAUCACAUCAUACAACUAUUCAAAUUCAAAAUUUUUACUAUUCAAAUCCCAAUUCAAAAUCUAAAUCC